AUGAAAGGACUUCUGACCUCGGGUGUAUUUGAUAUCCAUAACUCAACGGCCGUUCGAUUCCUAAGAUGCGGCCAAGUGGCUUACGACGUCGAUUCGCUCCAGACAGUGUCAGUGGUCAUCACCUUCCACAAUGAAGCCAGGUCAGCGCUGCUCAGGACAGUUAUAAGUGUCUUGACCCGAACGCCAGAUGAACUGCUUGAGGACCUGAUACUCGUGGACGAUGCGAGCGAUGACCCUCAAGACGGACAGCUGCUCGCCGGGUUGCCAAAAGUGCGGGUGUUGAGGAAUGACCAGAGACAAGGUCUUAUCAGGUCAAGGGUCAGAGGCGCCGACGCGAGCCAGGGCGAGACCAUCUUCUUCCUCGACUCCCACUGCGAGGUCAAUCAGGGUUGGGCCGUCCCCUUGUUGGAGGUCCUCAGGCAGAAUCCCAAAACUCUCGCGUGUCCUGUCAUUGACGUCAUAGAUCAGGACACCUUGGAUUACCGAGCGACAGGGACAGUGCUCAAAGGAGGAUUCGACUGGGGCCUUCACUUCCGCUGGGUUCCCUUGACGCAGGAGGAAAAGGACAGCCGAGGGGACCCUACGUCCACUUACAGGACCCCCGUGAUCGCCGGCGGCCUCUUCCUCAUCGCCAGGGACUGGUGGGAGCAGCUCGGCAAGUAUGACCCCGGCCUCGACGUGUGGGGCGCCGAGAACCUGGAGAUGUCCUUCAAGGCCUGGCAGUGCGGAGGAGGCGUCGAGGUGGUGCCGUGUAGUCGCGUGGGGCACAUUUUCCGCAAACGCCAUCCCUAUUCGUUUCCGGAGGGCAAUGCCAACACGUAUUUGAGGAAUUCUCGCAGGAUCGCCGAGGUUUGGCUGGACGAGUUCACGCACUUCUUCUACGAGACGAGACCUAAUGCUAUUAACAAGCCCUUUGGGGACGUGAGCGAGCGGAAGGAGAUCCGGGCGAGGCUGAAGUGUCGCGGCUUCGGCUGGUUCCUGAAGACGACCUACCCGGAGCUCUCGACGCCCUCCAAGCACGAGCUCGCCUACGGCCAGCUGCGCCAGGGGGACCUCUGCCUGCAGGGUCCCGAGGCCGAUCCCAAGCAACGCCAGCGGAAGUCGUCGCCGCAGCAGGAGGUGCUCGUCGAGGUGGUCAUGUGCGUCGGGGGCAAGCAGGGGCAGGAGUGGUCGCUGACCCAGGACGGCGCCGUGACCCAGAGCGGCGCCGUGACCCCGGGCGGCGUGGCGGCGGAGGGCGCGGGCUGCCUGGCGGUCCUCGCGCACGACGACGCCAGGGUGUUCGUGCAGGAGUGCCAGGCGGGGCCCAAGCAGCGCUGGCUCCGGCAGGGGCGGAGGCUGCAGCACGCGGCCUCGGGCAUGUGCCUGGACUCGGCCAGCAACGAGGGCGCCCUCGUGCUGCCCUGCCGCGACAGCCUCCUCUCGCAGCAGUGGGACUUCUCCGUCGAGCUGCAGGCGCUCACCACGCUGUAGGGAGCUCGGUCGGCCAGGGACGCCCCAGCAACCCCGCUUCGCUUUACUCGGUCUUCGGCGAAACCCUCAGCUGCUUGUUAGUGAAAGCCACACCAUCGCCUCGAAAUGCAGAAUUUAGUUCCAUUUCAAACCGAAGCUCUGUAACCCCCCUCGCACCCUGCAGAAAUCUCAGCCACGUAGUUCAUUUUGUUCUUGUAUCAAUUCCCUGCCACAGGUGAAUCUGGUACGAUCUAAAUAAUGGAACUCUUGCGAAACUGUCCUACCUGAAUCAAGUACCCUCAUUUAGCUCUCCCUGAAGGAUAAUUAAACCCGAUUUUUAAAUCAGCAGCGUUUACGGUUUUCAAUUGUAUUCUCUUAAAUACUCCUUUUAUCGUCAUCCCGUUACGAAGCAUCCCCUUUCAUCACGUCUUCAUAUGAACUUAUGUGACGUCCAUAUCACAGCUGACAUCAUCCAUCGCCUACUCAUCCGCACUUUGCUUUCACAUCAAAAAUCAAUGAAAAGACCUUUCAUUUUUUAUACAUUAUGGUGUACAUACAUCUCUCAACUUUCCUCAAUACUCUCUGGCUGCAGUUUUUCGUCUGUGAUAGAUUAUCCAAUGGAUUUCUUUUUUAUUAGACAGUUUGUUAAUUAGUGAAGAUUCCUGCAGCCAAGAGUCAAAGGAAAAUCGACUCAUAAACAACUUGGAACUAACGGCCAUGUUGCCUUAUUAUUAUUCAUUGAGUGUGAGUGUUUAUGUGAAAGUGUAAGUAGUGUAGAUUGUGCUUUUUCAAUCGAAAGUAAUUAUAAAGAUUGAAGGGAUUUUGCUCUCAGUCUAAAGUAAUACACAAAUUGAAGUGACCCUUUUUCAGUCGAAUGUAAAAAAAGAAAAUUGAAGUGAUUUUUUUCAGUCGAAAGGAAUUGUACAGAUUGAAGUGAUUAUUUUUUUCCAUCAAAGGUAGAUAAAUAGAUUGAAGUCAAGUGUGUAAUUUUUUCCGUUUGAAAGUAAAUAUAUAUAGAUUGAAAUGUAUCGUGUGUUUUUAUUGAAAGGAAAUAUAUAGAGUGAAGAGAGUUACUGUUAGGAUAAAGUAAUAAUUAUGCCUGUCCAUGUGAUGUAAACAUAUCCAACAUACGAAAUACAUAUCACAAAAGGUGCCAACUUUUCCACUCAUACUCUGUGCACAUGUCACAGCGAAGAUUAUAUAACACUAUAUUCAAAUCUUACAUAUCUUCAGUGGUUGAAAUUAUAUAUUCACCACACGAUUAUGCAUUCCAGAUCAAUGUUACAAUACGUUCAUCCAUUUUUUUUUCUUCAACCUCCACAUAUGAUAUCGAGUGAUCGAAAUGUGAUAUUUCUAUAAUCAUGAACAUACAUUAACGAUUCAGUUAUUUAUUCCAUUUGCUUUAUACAUUUAAAAUGAAAUAAAUGUGAUUUACAGGAAACAAUUAUAAGUUGUAUAAUAUUUCUUUAAUUACCGAUCUGUUAUUAAUUUUCGUCAUGUCUGUAUCCCAUGACGAGAGGAGUGUAUGAAAGGGAAGAAUUUUAUUUAUUUCUUAUAUUUAUUGGUGUCAGAGAGUGAUCAGUGUUGCAGAAGAUGUUGCAUUUGGUUUGAGUUUGAGUUUUGCGUCGUGUUUUGUUGACUAAGUUAAUAAAAAGUGAUGGGAA